AUGAAUAGAUUUACUGCAUUGCCUACAUUGCCUAAUGCCAUACGACAUCAACAUACGUUGUUGAAGACUACAGACUUGACACAGGCUCCUGAUUUCACAAAAUAUUCACCUGUGAAACCUAUCAAGGAAGGUAUUGCCCCUUAUAUUGUUGAAACAAUGAAAGCAUUUCCAACUGACUCAAGAUAUAUAAAUCAACAACAUUAUUACCAAAAUAGAAAUAUCCUAAUGAAUGAUUAUGCCAAGAGAACUCCUCAUCCUGUAUCAUUAAUGCAACUUGCACAAUAUUAUGACGAUUCGUCGACUUUAACAAAACAGAAAAUCAUCAAUUCAGGAAUCUUCGUGAAGGAAGAACUAGUGAUACGGAUUGCAUCUAAGAUUAACCUUUUACAAAGUUUACCAUUUAAUGUGGUAAAUAAUUUCCAUUUUUUACAAGUUUAUGAAUCUUAUUAUAAUAUAUUUGAAAGAUUUAGGAAAUUUCCUGCUAUUAAGACCAUGGAAGAUAAUUUAAAGUUUUCAGAAUUUAUUAGGAAAAUUUUACAAGAUUUUAAUUCAUUGAAUUUACCACAUUUAAUAAUGGGUGCAUUAGAAUGUACAAUUUUCGAUUUAUAUCCAAGAGAUAAAAUGGAUGAGUUAUUAUCAAAUUUACUAAGAUCUCGUAUCUCGAGACGAUUAAUCGUUGAGGAACAUCUCAGCGUGACAUCAAACUAUGUUACCGGUAAGAAAGAAAAUACUUUAGUUCUAGGCGAUAUCUUCCAAGAAUGUAAUGCUUUACAAUAUUUGACUCACGCAAGUAAAGAAUGUGAACAAUUUAUUAGAAAUAUGUAUUAUCCUACAAUACCAUUACCUGAAUUGAAAAUAGAGGGCUGUACCGAUUUAAAUUUCUAUUUCUUACCGACUCAUUUAAAAUAUUUAUUAGGUGAAAUAUUAAGAAACGCAUAUGAGGCUACCAUUAGAGAAUAUAUUAGGAAAGGGUCAGAUAAACCUGCACCUAUUGUUGUGACAAUAAUUGAAAACCCAGAUACAUAUAUUUUCAGAAUUUCAGAUCAAGCAGGUGGAUUAAUUCAUAGUGAUGCAGAUUUAUGGUCAUUUGGGAAAUCUAAAGAAAGAGCUCGCGAAUCCUUAAACAAUUUUCAUAAAUUACCUGGGUUACAUAGUAUAUCAAUCUACGAUGAUAUAGCCGACUCAACAACGUGUACGUCUUCAUCGAUGAGAGCCGUAGAACCAUAUAUGAAUACAUCAUUAGCACACACAACACAAUGGAAUAUCAAUAAAGGUCAUUAUAAAUUAGAACAACCGUUGAUAGAACUACUGCAAAGACCGUUCAGGUACAAACUUGGGGUCGGUUUGGCCAUGUGUAAAGUGUAUGCAGAGUAUUGGAAUGGUGACCUUAGAGUUCAUUCUAUGCCAGGGUACGGUGUCGACGCUGUAUUGACACUUGGAAAUUUGAUGAAGAGCACAGCUAAGAAACAACUAGAUAAGGUAUAG